GACUUCCGGUUCGCGGGCCAAUCUACAACGGAAGCUCGGAGGGGGGGGAACACACACAAAGGAGACUUCCGGUUCUAUAUGCUCCUAUGAGGGCUUAGUUCCGGUUGGAUGGAACCGAACCGGGCCUGAUUUUCGGUUUUUCCACUCAAAAACUCGGGACUUCCGGUUCGAGGCACCCAGAAGACCGGAUAUCCGCUUUUGUGCAGCACUUCCGGUCUCCCACAUCCGGCUUUGUGGGCGGGACUUCCGGCUACUCUUCUCCACCAACGGCUGCGCUCAGAGCGCAAGGGGGCGUGGCUAAAUAUAAUGAGAUGCAAACCACGCCCAUGUCGCUCCAUAUAAGGAAAGAGGGCGUGGUCACGUUACCAUAUAUGGUAUCAACAUGGCGGCUGGGAGAUGAAGCCCCGCCCCCUUUCCCCGGCAUCCCCCGCGCGGCCCCGCCCCCCCCCGGAGCGCAGCGCAGCGGUGCCCAUGGAGGAGGAGGAGAAGCCCCCAGGGCAUGAAGAGCCAACGGGGCCGGGGGGUGGGGGGGGUCCGAAGGGAGACCCCCCCCCAGAAGAGGAAGGAAGGCUGAGAAUGGGGGAUCCGGGGGGGGGGCGGCUGUCGGGACCCCCCCAUGAUGGAGAUGUGGACCCCCCCCCUCCACUGAAAGCAAUGGACGGAGUGAGAACGGCCUGGGGGGCUACAGGAGAUGCAGUUGGGAAGCGGUCCCUGCGGCAGCGUUGGUGUUGGGCUCCCUGUAUUAAAGGGGUCCCGGUGGUGGAGGGGCUGCAGGGGGCGCUGCGACAGCUGCUGGGGGCAGCAGGGUGAGUGGGGGACUUAUGG